GUGUUAACAGCCAGGCAACACGUUUGGAUAUCUUAUAAGAACCUCUCUGUGUCUUCAGUGUUUAAUCACACUUCCUCUGUUAAGUUAGAGGAAAGAAAUCAGCUCAUUAUCAUCACCCCCAACAGACUCAGAAUUGUCGCCUUAGACAACAACUUCUUUUUUAUCUCUGUGGUAUUUGCUGGUGGUCUGCAUCACUUUUCUUCAAAAACGUUCAACAGGUCACUAGCCCUACCAAAUCCCCAACAUAAAGAAUCGAGGGGCUUCAACGUCGAUGCAGUGCAAAGUGAUUUGACAUGUACAGGAAAAAGAGCCUCCUUGUGUUCGGGAUUGCCCUAUUUCUCCUUAUACUUGGAACAGACAGCACCCAAAGCUUGCCCUUUGAAGACGAGGCGCAAUGGCAUUGGACUUUUGGGGAUUCCUCUGGCCUUGAUAGCCUUCCCAACUCUCGACCGCUCAUCAUCGCCCAUCGAGGAGCAAGUGGGAUGUUCCCAGAACACACUAUGAUGGCCUAUGAAGAGGCCAUUUACCAAGGAGCAGACUUGGUCGAGUGCGAUAUUGUGGUCACAAAGGAUUUGCAAUUAGUGUGCUCACAUGAGGCGUGGAUUGAUGCGGUUUCGAAUGUGAAUAAUUCCACCUCAGAACCUCAGCAUGAAGACUUUACCAACCGCAUCACUACUUAUAUCAUGGACGAUGAUGACCCCAAUAUGAAUUGGAACGAUCAUGGGCCUAUCAAAGACUACUUCACUUAUGACUUCACUUUAGACGAACUGAUUACAUUGCGAAGAAAACAGGUGAGGACGUACAGAGAUCCAUCAUACAACUGGAAGCAAACUUUCGUCACGUUCGAGGAAUACUUGGAUAUGUGCAAAGAGAACAAUAUUGGUAUCUACCCAGAGAUCAAAUUAGGUGCUGCCACUAAUAAGAUCUUAAGAGACAGAAACCAUAACGUAACCAUUGAGGAAUUGGUUUUGGCUGCUUUAGAUAAGACUGGCUAUAACAAAGCCUCUGAUCCUUGUUUUGUUCAAACGUUUGAACUCUCUACCAUCAAGAAGCUCAAUGAGCUAAAGACCAAUUUGAGGACCAUCUUCCUGUUCCACGCAAAUCGAACCUCCGAUGAAGAUUUGCAAAUGUAUAAAGACUUGGGGGUUUACGGGCUCGGACUUGACAAGGAUCUCUUGGUAAUCAAAGAUGAUAAAAACCACAUCUCAUUGCUCAAUGAGGAUCUUGUUCACAGAAUCCAUGCCUUGGGAAUGGAUGUCCACGUGUAUACAUUCAGGAAUGAGUGGAACCAUCUAAAUUGGGACUACGGACAAGAUCCAUACAUGGAGUAUGAAACAUUCCUUGAUAUGGGCAUUGACGGGUAUUUCACGGAUUUCCCAGCCUCGUUAAGGAAUUUCUUUACAUUCAAGGAAUUACAAUAUGCCAAAAAUUCCGGAUUGGUGUCUCAACCUAUGGAGAAAACAUAUGCAUUCUUAUGUGUAUUGUCCGUCAUUAUUUGUAACUGGAAGCAAUAAUAUGCGCCAACAAUUGUUAUUGUUCGCAAUCCCUACCUCGGCAUAAUAAUGUAACCUUUUGUUAAACUAA